UAAGGUUUAUUCUAUCCCAGCCUGACCUUCUGUGAUGUGCCUCACGUCUGGGGGUAACUGGUGUCACCAUCACUUGAGGAAACCUUGACCCUAUGCUCCCUCCUCAGUGCCUGGUAUGGUGGAGGGAGGGGGACAGGGGUGUCCUCCCCAUUUUGUGAGCAGAGCAGGUCUCCCGUCUGCAGCAGGCCAUGGCAUGGUGGUGGCGGCUCCUGCUAGGGAUGUGGACGGUCACAACUACGUGGUCUCAGGACAAGCUGCUCAAUGUCUGCAUGAACACCAAACACCACAAGACAGAGCCCAGCCCAGAAGACAAGCUCUACGAGGAGUGCACCCCCUGGAAGGACAAUGCCUGCUGCACAGCCAACACGAGCUGGGAGGCCCACCUGGACAUGUCCCUGCUCUACAACUUCAGCUUGACUCAUUGUGGGCUGCUGACCCCCAGCUGUCAGAAGCACUUCAUCCAGGCCUUCUGCUUCUACGAGUGCUCCCCAAACCUGGGGCCUUGGAUUCAACAGGUGGACCCGCGUGGGCAGGAAAAGGGCAUCGUGGGCGUGCCGCUGUGCUGGGAGGACUGUGAGCAGUGGUGGGAUGACUGCCGCUCGUCGUACACAUGCAAAUCCAACUGGCAGGGCGGCUGGGACUGGAGACGGGGGAAGGUCCGCUGCCCUGCAGGGGCUCACUGCCUCCCUUUCCCCGAUUACUUCCCCACCCCGGCUGACCUGUGUGACAAGAUUUGGAGCAACUCCUACAAGGCAAGCCCUGAGCGCCGCAGCAGUGGACGGUGUAUGCAGAAGUGGUUUGAGCCGGCUCAGGGCAACCCCAAUGUGGCUGUGGCCCGCCUCUUCGCCAACCCUGCCCGGUCCUGGGAACUCUCCUGCCCCCUCCUGGUCUUGUCUCUGUUCUUGUCAUUCCAUUCCUGAGAUCCCCGUUUCCCACGCACACGCACACGCAUGCGCUUCCACCAGCUGUGGGCCAGGCCCUGGCCGCCCCUUCCGCAAGCCACUCCUUAGAAGGGGCAGCACAGGCUGGGGAUGGAGAGAGGACAUCGGGGCUGCAGGAGCUGGUGCCUGAACCUUACAUGUUCCAUCUUAGGCCCCACUCCUGCUCUCUUCUGCCUUACUGUGCUGGAGAGGCAGCUAGGGGCUGGAUUUCCAAGGGGCUCUGCUUUCUCCUGAUUUUAAGAAUGGUGGCGGGUGCAGACGUGGGACUCAGGGACCUUCUCGUCCAGUGCAUGCCUGUCCUUUUCUGUGGCAGAGCUGAUGGGGCAGCCCUGGCCACCUGUCCUAUGAUGGUGCCUCCAAUAAAACGGCAGUUGACCUUUUCUCUCUGUGUGGCCCCCUCUGUCCUAGCUCUGUGUGCAGGGAGCCAAGCUGUACAACAAUGGGGCCAGUUGGUUAUUACUUACCUAACAAUUAUUAACUUCAGGGCCCUCUCCUUACAUCCACACAACAUCUCUGACAAGAAUAUGUUCAACACUGUUUUUUUCAAUAGUGAUGCACCAUACGAAAGACCCAAGGCCAGAAUAAGGGAUGGGGGCCACUCAGACCAUCAUCUCUACUUUGGGUACAAAGAUUGAAGCAGCUGCCUGAAAUGCUUUCUGGCUUUUCCUCUUUUAAUCCUCCCUCCCCUGGUCUGGAAUUUUGUAAACCUGAGUUCUAAUCUGGCUUUACCGCUUUCAAUAUGACUUUUGUCAAAUCCUUUGACCUUCAUUAAUGAUUGUCUUGGUUUUGUUUUCCCCUUAGAGGAAUGGGAUAGUUGGGUCAGAUGAUUUAACUUACAAAAAAAAAAGUCACUGUCACUGUUUGCUUGGAGAUAGAAAGUGCUUCUCAGGCAGUGCCACGUCCUCAAGGGUGAGACGCAGAGCUAGAGAGGUGGCGUUGACACUGCCUUCACUUCACGUCUGUAAUGCACUGGGCAGCUGAUGGCCCUCUUGAACCUUCCAGUGCCUGAAGCGCCACAGCUUCCCACACAACAGGGCCUUGCCCACAUUCUUCUGCUUGGACUGAGAGAGCCCCUACUAUGGCUGUCCUUGAGAUGGCUGACUUUUCUAGCAAUUAUUCAUUCUCUAUAGACUCCAGCAAGCCCAGCUUCUCGGUUACCCUUGGC